CUCGCCGCGGCCAUUCCGCAACCUGCGCCGCCAGAAGCGGAGAAGAAGCAGCCAAUCAGCGACCUCGUGUGGCCCGCUGUCGGUGCAUUCGUGUCCUUUGCGGGAUUCGCGCUAGCAGACCAUCUCUUACAGUCACACGGCCUCACAGUUUCCCUCGGUUCCUUUGGUGCUGUCUGCUGCCUUCUCUUCGCCCUACCGCAAGCACCAGUCUCUCAGCGCAAGACCAUCCUGAUCGCCCACAUUGGAACGGCCCUCAUAGGAGUGGCGCUAUUUUGCCUGCUGGGAGCGUCGUGGCUCGCCAAGGCCAUGGCUGUUGCUGCAUCCAUCACUUUCAUGCAAUGCACCAACUCCGUCCACCCCCCUGCUGCUGGACUUCCGCUGAUCUUCCUCGACGCCCCCAAAUUCCAUCGCCUCAAAUGGUGGUAUCCACUCUUCCCAGGCCUAGUGGGCUGCCUAUGGCUAUUCCUCGUGCAAGAGGGGAUCCUUUUUCUGAAAGAGAAGGUGAAAUUCUAA